AUGUCGUUGACUCUGCAAGAAGACAAUUUCGUGGUGAUCGACGUGGGCUCCAGCGUCACUCGUGCUGGCAUGGGCAUGCACGACACCAACAAAGUCCCAUCUGUUACCGUCAACAUGUCUGAUUUCAACAACCCUCUCAAUGGCAGUGACAUUGUCUCUUGGGAAGACUUGGAAGCUUGCUGGCACACUAUUCUGUUCAAGGAGCUUGGUAUCAAAAAAUCACGAAACGAACACGCCGUUUUGCUCACUGUGCCAGUCGAGUGGAGCAAGUUUGAGCUUGAGCGCAUCACGCAGAUGUUCUUUGAACGCUUCAACGUACCAGGAAUCUAUUUGGCUCCUCAGCCAUUGCUUGCGCUCUAUGGAUGUGGUGCUGUAUCUGGAAUCGUAGUGGAUGUCGGUUAUAAGAGUACAACCGUGAAUGUGGUUGUGGAUAGCAUUGUACAAUUGGAGGCAAGUACGACCGUCCCCAUCGGUGGCAAACAUUUCGAUGCGUAUCUGUUGGAAUUAUUCAAGAAGGACGAGUCGUUGGUACAACAAUUCAAAGAGAAGGAUAUCCCAUUGGAUUUGGAUUUCGCACGAUUUGUCAAGGAACAACGAGGCGUAUGCCAUGUCUUGGCUGGUCAUGAACAAUCAACAUCACAACCAACAGUGGGUCUUCCUGGUGUCAUUGAAACGGUUGCUUCAGCUGCUACGGAGGAUGUUAUUGAAGACGAUGUACCAAUGGCUCAAAAAGAAGAAGAGGAAAGCGUCAAGAAGAUCCCAGAGAACGUUCAAGUCGAAUACAAAGGUCAUAAGUUCACCAUUGGUUCUUAUCGACAUCGAGUAUUUGAUCCUCUUUUUGACGUCAGCCUUGUGGGUGAAUCAGGUCUUGAUAUUAUCGAAGCAAUGCGUGUAUCAGCGUCUCAUUGUGAGCCACCGGAGAUCCGACCUAAGGUUUGGGAAAGCGUAGCACUUUGUGGAGGAGGCAGCUUGAUGCAAGGAUUGCAAAUGCGACUCAAAGCAGAGGUGAACCGCGUCAUGCCAAGCUCUGAUAAUAUUGGUGAUGCUCAACCAAAGCAAGUUGGAUUCUUGCGGAUACCUGAUUACUUUACAAUCCUCAAAGAGCGACAACAUCAGCACCUUUGUACCUGGUUAGGCGGUGAAAUUGUGGCAAAGCUUGUUUUCAUUGAUGCCAAAAACUACAUCAGUAAAGUAGAUUACAAUGAGAGUGGUCCUAGUGUAGUGCACACAAAGGGAGUAUAA